AUGGAAGUUGCACUACAAGUUGUACAGGGCCUUAAGGAGGCAGACAAUAACAUAAGAAAGCAAGCUGAGGAGAAAUUGAAUCAAUUGAGAGAACAUGACUCAUAAAAUUUACUCAAGGGAUUUAUCGAUCUAAUUUGCAUUGUUAAUAAUGAAUAAGUACCAAACUAGGUAAUGGCUGCCGUUCUAUUGAAAAAGCUUUACUUAGAUAAGAGAACAGAAGAAGCUAGCUUCUGGUAAUUGAGUGGCCAAGAUUUUGUCCAACUAAAAGAUUAGAUCCUUACCAACAUCGAUUUCUAAUAACCAAUGCUUCUGCUUAAGAAAAAGGCAGAUAUUAUCUGUGCAUGCUACAGAGAAAUUAAGAACUACCCAGAGUUAAUUUAAUAGCUAGUGGCUGUCUUGUAAUCAUAAGACUAAGACAAUUCAUCUGUCAAGAAAGAAUAUGCUAUGCACAUCUUUGAAGUUCUAGCUGAGUAUCAUUUACCUUAAGAAGAAAUUGUUUAAAAUUCAAACUAAUUCAUGCAAUUGUUCUUAGAUUGCUUAAAAGAUUCAAGCAUCUCUGUCAAGGUUGCUGCUCUUAAGGCAAUCACCUCAUUUUUAGGUUCCAUUGAUGAUGAAUCUGCUGUCCUAAAGUAUCAAGAUUUAAUGGAUGGUAUCUUGGAUGUUGUUAUCGAAGUUUUGAGAUCAGAUGAAGAUAAGGGUAAGGCAUCUCUUGAGAGCAUGAUUGAACUCACUCAAAGUCAUGGUGAAAUUUGGACUAAAGUAGCUGAAAAACUUCUUUUUGUCAUUUCACAAAUCAUUUAAAAUAAGAGCUUCGAUGAUAGCAUUAGACAAUCAGCUUUAGAAAUUAUCAGUACUUUGGCAGAAGAUAUCCCAACUCUACUUAGAAAACAUCAAAAUGAACUUAAGACUCAUUUUUUCCCUGCACUUGCCCAUAUGUUAGCUGAAUUACCACUUCAAGAUGAUCUUGAAGAAUGGAAUAAGGAGGUAGAGGAAGAACUUCAAGCUAGAAACGAUCCAAGCUCUGUUGCAGCUGACAACCUUAACAGAAUUGCUUCAUUCUUAGGAGAAAAAACUCUCAUCAAUUGUACAUCUCACAUUAUCAAGGAAGCUAUCGAGCAGAAAGGAUCAUGGCAAUUAAGAUCAGCUGGAUAUAUCUUCCUUGGAAUGAUAUCUGAUACUUGCUCUGAGGCAUUCAGAAAAGGAAUGGAUGAAAUCAUGAAAAUGUGUGCUGCAGGCUUAAUUGAUGAGCAUCCAAGAGUCAGAUAUGAAGCUCUUACAUGCUUAGGAUUAUUAUUAACCGAAUUAGCUCCAGAUGCUUAAAAGAAAUUCCAUUCGGACCUGAUAGUCAUUCUAGUCAAAUUAAUGCAAGAUGAGUAAUUGAUCAAAUUAAGAAAAUAAGCGACUUCAGCAAUGGUAAACUUUGUAAGAGGCUUAAUCAAUGAGGAAGAUGAUGUUGAAGACAAAUCUCAUUUAGUAAAUGCAUAAGUUUUAGAACCUUAUGCUGACGAUCUUGUCAAUACUAUUAGCAUGCUAUUUGAGUAAUCAUUACAAUCAAACUAUCCACCACUUCAAGAGGAGGUCUUAGGAUUAUUGAGCUGUUUGGCUAAUGUUCUUGAGACUAAAUUUGCCCAAUACUAUGGUAGAUUCAUGCCAGGUCUAAAGCAAAUUCUAGCUACAGUUCCAUGGGAAACUCAAUAACAAUAAGAACUUAGAGCUCACUGUAUUCAAACAAUAGGAUUUAUUCUUAAUUCAGUAAAAGAUCAAACUGAUAUUUGCAGAAGUGAUGCCCUUGAAGUUUCAACACUCCUUACAACUCUAUUAAACUCUGAUAAAAUUAAGGAUUCAGAUCCUUAAUCACUAGCAAUCUAAAAUACACUAUCUUAAAUUGGUGCUUGUUUAAAAAGCGAAUUCAAAUAAUUCCUUCCUCAAAUUAUGCCUGCUCUUCUCAGAGAUGCUGGGAGAGAUAUUGAUCUUAAAAUUCAAGACGCUGAGCUUCCAGAUGCUUAAAAGGGACUAUCAGAAAAUGUUACAUCUUUAAAUAUUAAGAUCAAAGGCUUUGAAGGAGAGAGAUAAAUCACCAUGAAUACUAAUGCUCUUGAGAAUAAGAUAAAUGCCAUUUAAAUCAUUAAAAAUAUUGCUUCAAACUUAGGUACCGGCUUCUUUGAAUAGGUAGAGCCAGUAGCUCAGCUAAUUUCAUCUCAACUUAUUAACUAUACCUAUUCAAGAGCAGUGAGAAAGAUUGCUAUCUAAACAAUUGUGUUCUUGCUUAACUCUUGUUAAGAUUCAAACCAUAUGAAAGCUCUUUGGCAGCACAUCUAUCCAGGAUUCAAGGAUUUCAUUUUGCUUAAACUAUCCAAGUUCGACUUCAGUGAACUAAGAUUUUUAAUGAGAGAAUUAUAAAAAUGCAUGAAGUAAUUCUGGAAUUUCGGAAAAUAAAACGAAACUUUCUUAUCUUUAGAAUAAGUCGCCGAGCUAAUUAAGCUCUUGAAUGAAGUAUUCAAGGCUGUAAAAGAUGAUAAACAGACUAGACUUGAGUAAUUCAAGACUGCUAAAAAGAAGAUGGACGAGGAGGAUGUAGAAUUCUUCCAUGAAGAUCUAAAGAAGGUAGACAAAAUCUAAAACUAUGUUAUGGAAAUCAGUGGUGUCCUAAUACAUGUAUACAAGGGCAGUAUUAGCUAACUUGUUAUUGAGAAUCUUUUAAAUCAUUUCGCUGUCACCUUACAAAAUCUAAAGGGAUCUGCUGAUUAUGAAAUUCUUAACUCUGUUUGUUUCUUCUGUGACAUUCUUGAAUAUGGAGGAGAUGAUUUGUUCAAUCUUGCUGCUGGUAAAGCUGCUGAGAAAUUCAUUGAAGUAAUUAGAGCCUUCCCAGAGAAUCGCGAUUUAAUUUAAUCAGCCGGCUAUGGACUUGGUGUUGUCGGAAUGAGAACUCCUCAAGGGUAAUUCGGACUUCUAUCAGAAACAUUCUAAACUCUUAAAGCUAUUAUUGAUGAGGCAGACUCUAGAUCAGAUGAAGAGAAAGUAGAUUCAACUGACAAUUGCAUUAGCGCUUAUGGUAAACUUGUACUCUUCCAAUUUGAUAAUAAUCUUAUUGGCUUGGCACAGCUUUAGGAAUUCUUAAAUCUCCUUCCACUUUACAGUGACUCUGAUGAAGCUCAAUCAAUCCAUAAUUUGUUCUUCGAUCAAAUCUUGAAGAGCAAUCCGGUCCUAAGUAUUGCUGAGGUCGUAGAUCAAGUAAAACUUACUGUUCAAAGAAUCAUUAACAUUGCUCAAUCAAAGCCAGAUCUCGAGUUACUCGAUGAUGAUGGCAAAGCUAAAGCUGAAAAAAUUAAAAUGUCAUAGAAAGAUAAAGAAAAAGAUACUAUUAAGGCCUCUGAUAAAAAACCUAGUCCUAGUUUAGUGAACAGAUGCAAGAAACAUCCAAAAGCCUUAGUUUCCUUCCAAUGCUAAGAUGAUAAUGAAGAGUUUUGUGAUUAGUGUUUUAGUAAUCACUCUGGCCAUAAGAUGAUUAACUAUAAAUCAGAAUGCCUCACUAUCUAGCAGAAAUGGACAAUAAUGAGAACCACAGCCACUCAUUAUCAUAACAAAUUUCAGAAAGACAAGGAUAAGAUUCCUUAAGAUUAAUUAGAAAAAUUUACAGAUAGAUAUUAGAAAUUAGCUAAAAAACAAGAAAAAAUCCUAGCAUUGUCUAAAUAAAACGACUAUUAAGCAAUGAAGGAGUUUGAGAAUUAAGAUAAAACAUAUAAUGAUAAGGUGGUUGAGUUUGGAAAAUCACUCUACGCUUAAUAUUUAAGCGUAAAAAAGCCAAAGAAAGGAAAAUCUGAUAGAAAAAGAGAGUCAAAGGAAAAAGAUAAAUUGAGCUAGAGAUCAGUUGUUAUUAUUGAAGAUAGUGAUGAAUUUAAAGGCAUUAAGACUUAACUAGAGUAGUUGUAGGAAUUAGUAAAGGGCUAACAAGAAUAAAAAGAUGCAUAAACCUUGAAAUUAGUUGAGAAAUAAAGUAAGUUGAGGGAAAAGGUUAAAACUUAAUCUUCUGUAAUUAAAGACCUCAUAUAAUAAAUUUCAGACUAAGGCGAUAGACUUAGUACCUUAACUAAAUAGAUAAAUAAGCAAGUUAAAAGACAACGUUUUUCUCAUGAUAGUGAUAAGUUGGCAAACGGGAACGAUGAUGAAAGUCUAAGCAAAAGAAUUAUGAAGAAUUAUGAGUCAAAGUAAAAGAAAAAGAGAAGUAAAAUUGAAAGUUUGAGUUCAGGCUCUGAUCUUUCAUAUUCAAAUGUGCCGGCUAAGAAAAAAAGACUAUCUUCUUCAAAAUCAGAGGAAGAAUUAAGUGAAGGGGAAGUCAAAAGGAGAGAAGACUUAAGUGACUCUGAUAAGUUAGUAGUUGUUGAUUCUGAGUGA